AUGGCCAAACCGGCUACAUUCCCAUCUGCCAAGUUAAAAAGGUCGGACGCUCAAAAUGCCACGGAAAUUGAAUCUACAAUCGUUGAGGCUAUUCCAUCGGACUCCCACGAAGCUAUCCGCGGUGAAUCGGAUGUUGAGAAUGAAGCCAACGACGAGCCCGGGCCAGAGGUAGAAGUGCUAUCCCAUGCGGCUCAACGAAAGGCCAAAAAGCGGAAGCUGAAGGAGUCCCAAAACAUCACUGAUGGAGAGGCCAUAAACACGAAACGGCAUGCAAAAUCGCAGACUCAGCCAAAUGAUAAACCGGAUCUACCCCCUCGUCAAAAUUCAGUUUGGGUCGGCAAUCUUAGCUUCAAGACUACCGAAUCUCAAUUGAAAUCAUUCUUUGCUGACGCUGGAGAAGUAUCUCGCAUACAUAUGCCCAAGAAAAUCGACGUUGGUCAAGGACGGGGGAUGAGAGGAGAGAACCGAGGAUUUGCCUAUGUUGACUUUACUACUCCAGAGGCCCAGACUAUUGCUAUUACAUUAUCGGAGAAGAAUUUAGAUGGGCGUAGGCUAUUGAUUAAGAAGGGUGACGAUUUUGCUGGUCGACCAAGCGUACCAAAAACCGAAGGCGGCUCCGCAGGAGAAGAAGAAGAAAAGGCACCUGCUAAACCAACGCCGAAUACUCACUCUAAGACAGCCCAGAAGAUCCUUGCAGCGCAGAAGCAGCCAGCAGCACAGACAUUAUUCAUGGGCAACUUGCCCUUCGAGACCAAAGAAGAUGAUAUUAGACAGAUGAUUGAGGGACAUGGCCUUCCCAGUGACCUGGAAGAGCAAUUCAAGAAGGAUGGAGCUGCAAAAAAUCCAGGCGGAAAACCUCAGAGGUGGCUCAAGAAGAUACGUAUGGGCACGUUCGAAGACAGUGGCCUGUGUAAAGGAUGGGCAUUCCUUGAUUUUCUCAACACUGCAUAUGCAACAGCCGUCCUAGUCAACCCUCGGAACCACCAUUUCAAUGGACGUAAACUUGUUCUUGAGUACGGAUCCCCUGAUGCAGUUCGGCGAGGAGGUGGUGGUCCACGACCAAAUAAACGCAAUAUGGAGAAAGAAGAAGCAAAAGAAACCCCGAGAGCAGCCAAGAAGCGUAAGUUUGCAGAGUCCAACGCGGAAAAUCCCGAUGAAAAGGAGGGGGUGGUUGAAUCCCCUCAAAGACCCAAGUCCAAAGGAGAUGACCAGUACGUGCGUGCCAAAGACGGUCGGUUGCGACCGAAACCUGGUGCAGCACUUGCAAUGGCUAAGAAAGAGACGGUUGCAAUUGUUCCCAGUACAGGGAAGAGGACGGUGUUUUGA